ACAAAACCUGUAUUCCCUUUUUUGAACCCUCGGUUUGCAGAAGCAAGCUGUUGCCCUUCGAACGCCAGUGGGGACCUUUGUUGUCAUUCAGAAGAGAAAUGAGCUGCUGAAAUGGGUUGUGGAUUGAACAAGCUAGAGAAGCACGAUGAAAAACGACCUGGCAAUAUCUAUUCAACUUUGAAGAGACCCCAGGUAGAAACCAAGACAGAUGUUUGCUAUGAGUAUCGAUUCUUGGACUUCACGACACUAAAUGAUACUGAGCUGCCGGGAUCAUCUGCAAUCAAGCUUUCCUCUUUGCGUGAUCUCCCAGCUCAGCUACAAGAAUUGUACCAGCAGGGCUUCAUCUUGGCUGCUGUCCACCCUUUCGUGCAACCAACUGAUGAAAAAGAGAAGUCUCCCCAGGAACAAAUCUUCAGGGCUGUGCUGAUCAAGAAAACAGAAAGAUCUCCAAAAGGUGAUGUCCAUAGUGAAGGAUAUAUCUUGGAGGUAGAGUGCUGCUCCUCUUUAAACCAACUUUCAGACAAAAAGGAGAUACCUGAUUUUAUUAAGAAAAUUCAAGAUGCUGCAAGUCAAGGCUUGAAAUUUGUUGGAAUUAUACCUCAGUACCAUUCCCAAAAGAACUGCCUUGUCAGCUGCUCUCCGACACCCACCAGUAACAACUCUGUGCAAUCAAGAGAUAAUAAAAACGUUUCAAAUUACCCUGAGGAUCAUGCUUCACUGGAUAGCGAGAAAAUGGAUGGCAUUAAUGGAUGCAAUACUCUAGCAACAAGUGAGGAAAGCGCUGACCAAUGUGCCACAUCCAGGGAGGAUGGUAGAGGUGAAGGACAGGCUACUGAGCAGCUGAAUGUUAAGCCUGCAAGGGAAAAUGAAGAACAGUUUGAACAUGAGAACCCAAGCUUAAGAGAAGCAGCCGACAAGCAGAACGGAGUAACAGAGAGUGAAACACCAGCACAAAGUUCAAAACAGCUUGCAGGCAAAACAGAGAUCUUUGCUCUCUUCAACAAGCCAAAAACCCCACAAAGAUGCAGUCAGUAUUACACGGUGACUAUCCCUAUGAGGAUCUCCAGGAAUGGGCAGACUGUCAACAGCUUGGAAGCAAAUUGGCUGGAGCACAUGACAGAUCACUUCAGGAAAGGAGGCUCGUUGGUAAACGCCAUCUUCAGCCUUGGAAUGGUAAAUGAUUCCUUACAUGGGACAAUGGAUGGAGUAUUUCUCUUUGAAGAUGUUGCUGUAGAAGACAGUAAAACCAUGCAGGGCUAUGACGCUAUUGUUGUAGAACAAUGGACUGUACUGAAGGGAGCGGAGGUGCAGACGGAUUACGUGCCGCUGCUGAAUUCCCUGGCGGCGUACGGCUGGCAGCUCACCUGCGUGCUUCCCGGGAGCUUUCUGCCCGUUCCUGCGGAGGGAAAUUUAUCCACUAAGCAAAUUGUUUUUCUUCAGAGACCUUCUUUGCCCCAGAAAGCAAAGAAGAAAGAAUCUAAGUUUCACUGGAGGUUCUCCAGGGAAGAUAUGCACAACAAACAAAUGAAGAAAUCCAUGAAGGCUAAAUUAAGCACCAGGGAGAAGCAAAUGGCAGAGGAGGAGCAGGAAUUUGAGGUCACAGAGAAUACAAGAAACUUAGAAGCGCAAAUGUCGACAAGAGGAAAGCCCGACGCAGAGGUCAUAGACUUGGGAGAGGAGGCAGCGGGGAGCGACGACGGGGCUACCCAGGAUGAUGGGGGAUCGCAGGAAACGCGUCGUGCCAGCUACGGUACUGAACAAAAAGAAACGCAGGUCUGCCUCGGUCAGAGUAUGUCCGAGUGCUGCGAGCAGCAGGUAUCGGAUGGGGGAAACUGUGCUCCCGCGACUAACGGCUGCAGCGGGAGCGAUGGGGUCGGACUGGACACGGACUUUUCCUGCGAGUAAGACCUUGCGUUUCAAGAAUCCUGUGAGUUGCUGAUAUUUUGCCAAUACGAAAGAACAGAUUUUGCUAAUCGCCCUCACUAACUCCGUUGCUCAGUUCAGCAUUUCUUUGGCAUUGUACUUGUUUUGCUCCUUAACACACCAAUUUCUUGAUGUCUUAAGUAACUGUAGGGCCUGGGCUUUUUGACCCACAGAGGCUAAUUGCAAAAUUCUGUCUGCUUUACAGAGUGGGCCAAGCCCUCUGCUGUCUUGUAAAGAUACCGUCUAAAUUAAAAAUAGGGACGGAAAACAUAUUUGGGUUUGCUCUGUGACUGCCGUUAGCCAACUAGGUUCGUAUCUAGUUCAGGGCAAACAUUCCAGUUGGUCAGAUUUUAUUCUGCAAUACUUUUCUGUCAGCAUAUCUUUCCUGGAAAAGAUAUUGUGCCAUAUGUUAUUUCAUCGUUAAGCGUGUAGUGUCAUGAAAAUGGUAUUUGGGCUUAAACAGGCUGAAAUUGGAAAGUUUACACAAGAUGGCUGUAUCUGUGUUUAUCUUGAAUAGCAUUUACUGAUGAUACGCUCUUCUGAAUUUCAUUAACUCUUGCAGCUAUUUAAAGCAAUAAGUAAACUGUGUACCUGCUCCAGGUACAUUGGGUGAACAUCCCCCCUAAUAAGUUUGUGUGAGGCAGAUGAUUCCAAUAUAAAAUGGGAUUUCCUGUUCUCUUCUUACAUUUAUAUUCUGCUUGCCAAUCGGCAAUGUAACAUUAAUUGCUGGGGUUUCAGAAAAUAGGAAAGCGGAAAGCGAGCAUGUAGAAUGUACUUCUUUCAUUGUGUAUUUUCACUAAAAAUGGAAUUAGGUGUUGCCUCCCAAGCCUUCCACGUGAUUCUUCACCACUUCCUCGUUGUUAUAAAAUGUGUUGUGGGAAAGAACUGAAAUGAUACACAAAUAGCAGAGGUCAGUGGCCAAAGAAUGUCACUAAAUGACCUUGCAGAAUACAGAUACGUUAAGAGAGGGGCCUUUUUUAUACACAAGUAACCAUAUUUUGGGACUGAUACAUAAAACAUAAUUCUGCAAAACAACCAACAUCUUGAAAUUUGGAACUAUAUUCAGGUAAUUACAAGUACGUGUACAUGUGUAAUGUAGUUUCUAAAAUAUACCAGUAUCUUCUCCAAGUACUUAAGUAUGCUUAAACACGUAAGAAGUAGUUUUUUCUCUCUUCUUGACCAGCAGUACCACCGUCAUCCCUGUUUAGAAAUGGUCAAGUAAUGUGGUAAUAAAGUGAGAAAUAUAUUCUAAAUUCCCCUGCCUUUUUCUUUUAAGCAACAGCUAUGUAAGUAAGUGAUGUAUUGUUUUUUUCCCUUGGCUGAUUUGUGCCUAGUAAUUUUCAUUAGUCUUCAAAUCAAAAUGCUGUACAAAAAAAACCCUGGUUUUUAUCGUAUGCACAUUUAGAAUGGUUUCAAAAGUACUUUCCACACCUAAAAAUUAUGCAAUUGGCAGAACAUUGCUGGAAUGGAAAAUAUCAUAGCAUUUUGAAUAUUCAUCGGAUUUGGAUAAUGGCACUUAAGUUUAAAGCAUUCCAUUUCACACACAGAAAGGAUAGUAGUACUUUUUUAUUGAUUGAAGAGUAUUUAUUUUGAAUUUAGUGGUUUAACCACGUGACUGUAAAUAACUUCAAUUUCUUGUGAUAUUUUUCAAUUAGUUCAUUCAGUUUCUUACAAUUAGACUGAAGUUCCCAUUGGCUCAAAAAUCUAUUCCAUUUAUUCUACUUAAAUGCAAGGUCUGUGCUCUGGACAGUUAGAAGUAGUUGUCUGCAAAUUUUAUUAGCAUAGGAUCCUUUUAUUGAUGGUUUCUGUUUUAAGGACUAGCUUUAUACUAAUCUUGUUUAAAAAUUCACUGUGUUUAAUGAACGUUUUACUAGUAGAAAGUGUUGCAAUAUAAUUAACUUGUCAAAUUUGAAUAGCAAGCUUUUAUUGGAUUGCAAUUUGACCUUGUUUGACUGGAUCCCAACUGCUUACAAAACUAAAGAGAAAUAAAGUUCAUG